AUGCUUGGGGGUGUAAUUUGUGUUUUGAGUGUUGGAUUAUGGGUACUGGCUUCGUUCAUUCACCAUUCAUAUAGUCCUAAUGCAAGGCGUUUGCAUGUAGGGGAUUUUGUGAUGGUUCAUACUUCAAGGGAUGUUGUGUCAGGUGAAGAGAUUACUCUUGCCUAUUGUGAUGCGCUUUCGUCAUUCAACAAGCGCAGGGAAAUGUCAAAGACAUGGGGCUUUCACUGUAAUAGUAAUAGGUGCAAGUUUGAGAAGGAAAUGUGUGCAAAGCAAGAGAUAAGAGAGAUUGGAUUAGGUCUUGAAAGUGGUGUCAUAAUCAGAUUUCAUCUCCACAAAAGAAGCCUGAAGCAGCAGAUGAGUAUCAAAAGAAGCAGUUUCCAAGCAUUGCUGCUAUGGUACUGA